CGCGGCCCUGUUCCUGUUCCUGCUGUUGUAGAUAGCUGGCUGUAUGAGCGGAGCUGCUGGAAGGAGCGGGUUGUUUCUCCCUGUUCAUUUUUUAUAUAUUUCAUUAGAUCUGGAAUUAACAGUUGCGUUUAUAUAAAUAAUACUUCGGAUUAGUCUGACCUGUUAAUCCGGUUUCUGCGGAUAAACCGGAUUGUUGAGGGUGAGAUGUGAAGCGGAAGGAGAGAGGAGAAUCAGAGAGACGGAUCUAUAAGCUGUGGUGAGAAUGAGCGAGGUGGACAUGGCUGAGAUGAACCGUAUCCAGUAUGAACUGGAGUACACGGAGGGGAUCAGUCAGCAGAUGAGGAUCCCGGACCGGCUGAAGAUCGGAUCCAACUCCUCCGAGGAUCACGCAGGAAUUCUGCUGGAGGAAACCCACAGCACCAUGAUGCACGUCCCCGAGAGGAUCGUAGUGGCAGGAGACAGCAGUGAUCCUCGAUUUGGCCGGCCUGUAGAUCUGGACCUGAUUCAGUCCACUCCAGUGGAGUCUGUGGAGUUAAAAGCUCCUCCUCGGGUUCUCACACUUAAAGAACAGCCACUGCAGUUCCUCGAGCCCGAACAGCCAACGGGACCACCCACUCAGGUCCAAUCUCACGUGAGAUCCAGACGUGAGCGCUGUGCCAGCGAGGCCUCAGCUGUCCGUCACAAUGGCCAAAUUAACAAAUUUGAGGGUGCGAGUCCGUCUCCCAGCGCCCCGAUCCGCGCCUGCCCCCCCCUCAUGAGCCCUCAGGACUGCCAGAACUUGUACAGCGCGAGCGGCGUCCUGUCCUACAUCCAGUGCACCACGCGCCGAGCCUACGAGCAGGUCCUGACCAUGCUGGAUGACCGUCAUGGCAGAACCGCCCUCGUGACCUUGGAGGCGAGUUUGGAGAACACUGCAGAAGAUGCCUCGUUAGUGGAUGCGGCGUCUCUGAGACGACAGAUCAUAAAGCUGAACCGAAGACUGCAGCUUCUGGAGCAGGAGAAUAAAGAGCGAGCGAAGCGGGAGAUGAUCAUGUACUCGCUCACUGUGGCGUUCUGGCUGGCCAAUACGUGGAUCUGGCUACGCCGCUGACUGCCGGGGCCAAAACCUCGCUCUAUUAAAUCUUUAUUUGUGUAUAUCUACAGUACGUCUAAUGCAGGUCACGAAGCUCUAUUCCACUUAUCGUCUAGAGAACAAAACUUACAUUCAUGUUUACCUUUUCAGAUAUUUCUAUACAUUCAUACGCACUGACUUUCAGCGACCAGUCACGAGUUAGCAUCUCCAGUACUGUGCAAAAGUGCAGCUUUAGAACCUUUAAAACCUUUAAAUCUAUUUAUUUCUGUGAUUUUGCUUGAUAAACACUGUAUAACAAAUUCAGCAGUCAGAAUUUGUUUGUAUUUAUUGUAUUUAGUCUGAAUUUAGUCUUUUUGAACACUUGAUGCCCAGACAGGCAGCUUUACAUCCAGUUUUCAGUCUCGCUUAUUUUUUAAGACUUUUGCACAGUACUGUACUGUACUAUACUGUGUAUAUAUAUACAGUAAAAUCAUAUACACAGAGCAGCCAUAACAUUAAGACCACCUGCCAUAUAUUAUUUAGGUCCCUCCUCCAUGAAUCCAAAUCUGAAUUUCUAAAACAGCAACUUUACAGGAGAGACAUAAAACCUUCUUAACUUUUAAUGGAAGUCAAUGUAAAAAGAGUUUAUUUCAGGUCAUUUUGGACAAUUUCUGUUGUUCCAUUCAGCAAGAAACUUUGAAACAUUGUAAGGGAGUGUUUGAUUGUUCAAAUUGUGUAGUAAACUAAAAAUCGAUAAAAAUGCAGAUUUUUUUUUUUUUUUUUUUCUGGGAGGGCAAUGACAUCCUGUACGAUAAUUCAAUAAUUUAAUUAAUAAUUUUCAUGUUAAAUCAGGGGUUUCUUAACUUUUUUUAUGUGUGAAAUACCUUUUUUUAGGGUUUAAAAUAUCAAUUGUUCAGUCCCUCUGUAAAACCAACUUCCAUCACCACUCUAAAGCAGCACUUUAGGGACUGUAGGAAAAUUAGUGGACAAAAUGAGAAAUUAAAAAUUCAAAAAAUCAAUUUAUCUUUCUCAAAAUGUGAAUUUAAAUUCUACUGUUGGUUUGAUAUUGGUUUGAAAGUUAAAUAGAUUUAUUCGUUAUUCAAUUAGUCUGGUAUUUUUCCUACUGUCCCUAAAGUGAUACUCAGUGCUGUAGGGAGAUGCAGAAGUGGAUUGAUUGUAUUGUGCCUCGAUCUUAGUCACAUAUAAGCUAUAUAAUCAAUAUAAAAGAUUAGGGAUUAGGGAAAUUAAUGCUUAGUUCAGUUACUAUGGUUAUUUUAUAGUUUUUUAUUUUAUUUUAUUUUAUUUUAUUCCCCUCAUCAACUUCUUUAACUACAAAUUUCGGCCAAAUGUUCGUAAACCCGUUAAACCCUUUAAACCCUGUAAAGUUUUUUUUUUUUUUAAUUCCUAAGCUUUUGACUGGUACUGCUAAUAUUAGUGCACACUUCGUAGUGCACUAGUUCUCUGAACCUGUUAUUUGAUUUAGAACGCAGCCUUGCGUUCCACUGGGGUCAACCUGGAAGGAAAAGCUUUGCUUCUGUGGGUGCGUCUCAAAAAUCUCUACACUCCCUAUGUAGUAAACAAGGGUCCAGCUAUUAAACACAUUUAGUUUUAUUUGUUACUCCCGAAUAAUGUAUUUAAACGAUAAAUAUAAUGCUUUAUCGCUUUAUAGCAGACAUUAAAAAUAGAAUCAAUCAAUUCCCUAUGAAGUAGUGCACUGCAAAUGGCACAUAUGAGCCCUAGAGACGAUGUCGGGACCCCAGAAUAGGAAACCAUGUAUUAAACCAUCUGUAAGUGGUUUUAAUGUUAUGGCUUAUAAGAUAAAAUAUGAUUAAAUUAUGUAGGUACACAAAUUUGAUCCUCUUCACUAAGAGGUUCUGAUAAAAUAUGUAAAAUUAACAUUCGUACAUUGACACCCAAAGCAUAGCUCAGGUGAGCUUUAGUACUGCUACUACUAGCCAGGAGAAAGAGCGUUUUCAUCAACUUCCUUAACUAUAAGUUUCUGCCAAAUGUUCAAAAUCUACUGCAAAUAGUAGUGCGCACUCCGUAGGGCACUACUUCUCUGCACCCGUGAUUUGAUUUAGAACGCUCCCUCGCAUUCCGCUGGGGUCAACCUGGAAGGGAAAGCUUUGCUUCUAUGAGCGCAUCUCAAAUAUCUCCACGCUCCCUUCAUAGCAAACAAGGGUCCAGCCAUGAAACACAUUUUUGUCAAAUUAGUUACACCUGAAUAAUGGAUUUGACUGAAUAUAGAGCUCUGGAAAAUCUCUGAUUUUGCUAUUUAUAGGUUUAUGUUUGAGUAAAAUAUAGUUAUAGAGUAAAAUAUAGAGUAAAACAUUGUUGUUUUAUUCUAUAAACUACUGACACAUAGUUUAAGUUUUAACAGUUCAGAAAUCAAUAUUUGGUGGAAUAACCCUGGUGGUUUUUAAUCACAGUUUUUUUUUUCAUGCAUCUUGGCAUCAUGUUCUCCUCCACCAGUCUUACACACUGCUUUUGGAUAACUUUAUGCUGCUUUACUCCUGGUGCAAAAAAUCAAGCAGUUCAGCUUGGUUUGAUGAUGAUUUGGCUUCUGAUCAUCCAUCUUCCUCUUGAUUAUAUUCCAGAGGUUUUCAAUUUGGUAAAAUCAAAGAAACUCAUCAUUAUUUUUAAGUGGUGUCUUAUUUUUUAUUUUUCCAGAGCUGUAUAUUGCUUUAUCACAUUAUAGCAGGUAUAGCAUUACCCCUAGGAUAGGAACCUAUGUGCUAAACCAUCUGCAAGUGGUUUUAAUGUUAUGGCUUCUUAGUAUAAAUACGAUUAAAUAUAUAUUCGGAAACAUUCGUACAUUGACACCCAUAGCUCAGGACAGCAUUAAUACGACUACUAGCCUGGAGAAAGAGCGUUUUCCUCAACUAUAAGUCUCGGCCAAAUGUUCGUAAAGCCUGUAAACCCUGUAAAGGUACUAUAAAGAAUAGAAGGUUCAUGUCUGGUGUGAAUUUAUGCCCCUCCCCCUCUCAAUCUACCCUAUUUAUCUCCAGUUCUAGUCUUGCCAAUAAUUAAUAAUAGGAAAGAAAUACUCAAUAGCAUGAGUCUGUUGUUGUAAAUGUUGUAUAUUAUAUAAACAGUGUGUGUGUGUUACGUGUAAAGAAGAGCAUGUUCUGGAUUAUAUUACAGUCAUUCCACUGGAAACACAAAAGGAGUAUUCUGUGAAAUCCUGAAUGUUUGAUGUUCGACAUGCACUGCCUCAUUAUCCUUAUUUAUUACGUUUAAAAUAAGAACAUAUGUGAGUCUGUAGGCUACCUCUGUGGUAAAUAUGAGGUUAAUAUGUAAUGAAAGCGGCUUUUUGAGCCUCAGCACUUUUCUUUUCUUUUGCAUCGUCAUGCCUUAUGAGCCAUAACCACUCUGACUCUCACAUAUCGUCGCUUCUUGUCAUGUAUUUUCAUGUCAUAUUUGUAAAAUAAAGCGGACAUGGUGAAUUCA